AUGAUUCGGGUCAAGGACCCGCAGAAAUCGGUGGAUUUCUACAAGUUCCUCGGCCUCAGCUUGAUCAACAAGCUUGACAUGCCUGAAUGGAAGUUCUGCAACUACUUCCUGACCUACAACGGCCCCUCCUCCCUGCAGGGUGACCGCCACUGGACGGACCGCAACGCUGUGCUGGAGCUUACUCACAACUACGGCACGGAAAAUGACCCCAACUACAGCGUCGUAAACGGCAACACGGAGCCCUACCGAGGCUUCGGCCACAUCGCCAUCUCGGUCGACAACAUCGAAGCCGCCUGCAAGCGCAUCGAGGAUGCCGGAUACCCAUUCCAAAAGAAACUGACUGAUGGUCGCAUGAAGCAUAUUGCUUUCGCCAAGGACCCGGACGGAUACUGGGUGGAGAUCAUCCGGCGUGCCGACGAGGACCUGAGCCCUACCACCGACCCCAGCACCUACCGUCUCAACCAUACCAUGCUGCGUGUCAAGGAUGCCGAGACCAGCCUCAAAUUCUACCAGGAGUCCAUGGGUAUGACCCUGGUCCGUACCGUUGAAAACAAGGACAACGGCUUCAACCUGUACUUCCUCGGCUACCCCGGUGCCAACCCCAAGAUCCAGGAGGGUGUGCGCAAUGGGGUUGCCGAGUGGGAAGGCCUGCUUGAGUUAACCUGGAACUAUGGGACAGAGAAGCAGGAGGGACUGGUCUACCACAACGGCAAUUCCGAGCCCCAAGGUUUUGGUCACAUCUCGGCCUGUGAGCGCUUCGAGUCGCUCAAUGUGAACUUCAAAAAGCGUCUCACGGACGGUCGGAUGCACAACAUCGCUUUCCUCCUGGAUCCCGAUGGAUACUGGAUUGAGGUGAUUCAGAACGAGAAGAUCAAGCACACCUCCAACUGGUAG